CGUUAAUGUUGCUACUAUAAAAUGUAAAUAAAUAAUUAAUUUAUACAAAAUUAUUAGAUUAAGGGUCUUUAUAUACAAAUGUUGUUGCUACAUGAAGAUAUAUGUACGAAGAACAUCUCAACUCUAUUGUAGCUAAAAACAAUUUACAUACGAAUUUAUUUCAUCCACAAUGGCUGAUUUAGCACCCACAAUGGUUCCAGAUGGUGGUUGGGGAUGGGUUGUAGUUGCAGCUGUAGCGUUAAUAAAUAUGACAAAUCAAUCCAUACUCUCCGUUUUUGGUUUUCUGUUUGGUGGUCAACUAAAAAGUAUGAAUCAAGAAACUUUCACUGCUGCACUAAUCACGAAUCUCAACAGUUUUGCUCUUAAUUUUUCUGGUUUGUUUAUUGGACCUGCAAUUAAGAGUUUCAAGCCCCGCAAUGUAGCUGCCAUUGGUUGUGUAAUGGUUUCGUUUGGCAUGUUUAUUUGUUCUUUCGCAACAGAGGCUUGGCAUUUUAUAAUUGGUUACAGUUUCUUUGUGGGUAUGGGUCUAGGAUUAAUAUCGCCAUCCACAUUUAUGGCAAUUAACUCAUAUUUUAGCAGCAAACGCGGACGUGCCGUAGGCUUGUCUUUAGCUGGUGCUGGCCUUGGACAAGUUUUUAUACCGCAUGUUGUACGCUUUUUUCUGGAUAAUUACGGCUUUCGCAUAGCAGUUCUUGCCAUGUCAUUACUUUCACUCACUGGCAUUUUUGGUGCGCUGCUAUUGAAGCCUUUGAAAACAGUUCACAACAACAGGCAACAUAUGCAACAUUUGCUCAACACGGAUGUUGAAAAAAACAAGGCGCAAAUACCACUUAAAAUUGAGAUUAUAAAAGCAACAACACAAAUUGAACCUAAAGAGGUUAAUAAGGAAAAAACUACAGGACAAAAAUUAUGUAGCAAAAUCUGUCAUCGUCUUGUGCAAGCCAUGGACUUGGAAUUGUUGUGUGAUCCAGUUUUCUGGAGCAUAAUUAUGGGAAUGGCAUUAGUUUACACAUCAACAAUUAAUUUUACAAUGCUCUUCCCAAAUUUUCUACAAUACUCAGUUGGAUUUUCCAGCAGUCGUACUACUACUUGCAUGUCCGCUAUUGCUGGUGCUGACAUCGUUUGUCGCUUGCUGUUACCUUGUAUAACAGACAAAUUAAAAAUAUCUUAUCGCGUUAUAUUUUUACUAGGCACAGUAGGACUACUUGUUUCCCGCGCAGCUUUGGCAGAAUCCACCGAUAUGACUACUAUAAUUAUGAUGUCAAUAUUUACUGGAAUGACAAAGUCUGCAACAGUACUGAAUAAUAACUUAACAAUUUCCAGUUACUGCAGCUCAGAUAAGUUGGCUGGUGGUCUGGGUUUAAAUAUGAUAUCUAAAGGUAUUAUAGUCAUAACAAUUGGCCAGUUACUUGGAUGGAUACGUGACUAUACUGACUCAUACAUUCUUUGCUUACAUGCUCAGAAUGUAUUACUUUUAAUUGUUGUAUUACUUUGGACUCCGGAAAUAUUUUAUCGCUGGAGAAAGCAACGAAAGGCAGAUAAGCGAAAUAAGUUACCUAUAGGCGUGACGGAUCCUGCUACCCCAGAAGAGCUUGCUAACAUAAACAAAUGUUGAUUUAGUAACACAGUAUUAAAACUAAUUUAAACAAACUAAAUUUAUGCUAUUUUGUCAAAGGUUUUUAUACAAAAUUGUGAAAAUGUGAUAUUUUUGUAUUUUUAAUAAAUUUAAGAGUAGAUAAUAAACUAAGUUAUUAAGUCGUGGAAGCUCAUUUUCAUUUAAUUCAUAUCUAAGAUCAUUUAACCCUAUUUAUAAACAUU